AUGGACAAGCGUAUAUCCCAUCCAGGAUGCACUACGGUCACCAUUCCUGUGACCGUCUGUCGAGGAAACUGCAAAUCUAGUUCCAGACCUCUGAUGGAUAAACCGUGGUUUACGACGUCCUGCGAGUGUUGUCGAAGAACCGACGAUGAAUUACGAACUGUGGAAUUGGUGUGUUCUGAUGGGGCAACCAUUGAGAAAACUGUCGCGUUUGUCCAAGAUUGUAAAUGCCAGUCUUGUAACAUUUCGUAA